GAAUUUUGAUAGGAAACGCAACGACUUGAAUUUCUGGAAGCAAGAGUCCAUGACCUGAGCCACUAAUUGUAAUACGCAUUUUACGUGUUAAAUGCGCAUAAUUAAUUUAAAUAAUGAAUUAAAAAAUUCUUAACAUUAAAUGAAUGCUUUUUUAAUGUUAUGCUUGAAAGGCUCAAAAGUAAUGUUAAUAUUAUUUCAGCUAUAAAGCCUUAAUCUUGCUGGAUUGUUUGUCUUUUCGGCCCUGUGUGGUAAAUGCCACAUCUGCUGAUCAGUAUAGAAAUUGUUUUUCCCAUUGUUUCAUUGAUUAUAUACGUGUACCGUUGCAGGUAUCACGAUCUUUAUAUUCGUUCGAAUAAUUCAUUAUUACCGCCCGAUGUCACGCGAAAUCGAGUGGAAGUUUGCACAGUAACAUUCGAUAAUAAUUAACGUUUCGCACGCGAAAUCGAGUGGAAGUUUGCCGAGCAACCUUCGAUAAUUAACUUUCCGCACUUGUGGGAUAUUUGCGUGACAAGAGGCGUGUACGACGACGUAAUAAUACGUAGUAAAAAACAUUUUUACUGCAAAUUAGUGGAGAAACCACUCCCUUGCUUGGAGAUCGGGACAAUGUACGUUUAAACCGCGUUUGACAAAUUCCUGCUGAUCGCAAAUCAAAGGGCGCGAUCUUUGCCAUUUGCGCCUUCAUCCGCUCACCGUAAUAUGUAAUAAUAAAAAAAAUACACUACACUGCACUCGACUACGAGUAGAUUAUGAUCUGUUUUAUUUCACUACAGUCAUAUACUGAUAAGAUGAUAAGUAGUUUCGGAAAUACUCGAAGCAAUUACACGUACACACGCAGUAUUGUUAAUUCCUUUAUCGAUUGCGUUUUUCUAAUAUAUAUAUAUAUAUAUGGGAAAGUCGCUGGUGAAAUAAUUAGUCUAAUAAGAUUCUUGACGAUGGAUCAAUUAAUAAGUAACAUUGGUGCACAUUAAUUGUGGAAUCAAGUGUUCAACAAAUUCAAACAAUGACGUACAUGUCGCACCUGUGUGUUCUUGAGGCUCUCCGGUGGUGUGCACGCGAGUAAAUGUAUUUGAUAUAUUAUUAUCGAUAUUAUCGUGAUCAAACAGACAAAAGUCAUAAUGUUUUCGGUCCUCGGAGUAUAUAUAUGCGUCGUGCGUGCGAGUGAAUUCCGAUAUCACGUUGGCUAGUACCAUCGGAAGUAUCGGUCCUGAUUACGAGAUGAAUCGCUGGAUACUGGUUUUCGCAGCCUUGGCUGCUUUGGCUUCGGCUGCUGAUUCGGGAAAAAAGAUCGUGUGCUACUUUGGAAGCUGGGCGGUCUAUCGGCCAGGAGAUGGCAAAUUCGACAUUUCCUACAUCCAGCCGAAUCUCUGCACCCACAUGAUCUACACCUUCGUCGGCAUCACCACGGACGGCGACGUCAAGGUCUUGGACGCGUGGCAGGACCUCCCUGACAAUUGGGGCAAGGAUGCCUUCGGCAGGUUCAACAAGCUUCGCGAGCAGAGUCCUGAAACCAAGACGCUGAUCGCGAUCGGCGGCUGGAACGAGGGAUCCGCCAGGUACUCCGACGUUGUCGGCAACCCGGCCAUUCGCGCCAAGUUCGUCAAGAACGUCGUGGCGUUCGUGCAGAAGUACGGCUUCGACGGCUUCGACGUCGACUGGGAAUACCCGAACCAGCGUGGCGGACGUCCGCAGGACGUGCAGAACUACGUCGCCCUGCUGAAGGAGCUCAGGGCCGAGUUCGACAAGCACGGGCUCAUCCUCAGCGCCGCGGUCGCCGCCGCCGAGACAUCCGCCUCCCUGUCCUACGACAUCGCCCAGGUCUCCAAGUAUCUGCACUUCGUCAACGUCAUGACGUACGAUCUCCACGGUGCCUGGGAGAAGGUCACCGGUCACAAUGCCCCGCUCUACGCGCACCAGGGCGAGACUGGCAACGACCUGAAGCUCAACGUUGACGCAGCCGUGCGCUUCUGGUUGAACAGCGGCUGCCCGCCCGAGAAGCUGAUCCUCGGCGUGCCGUUCUACGGUAGAGCGUUAACCCUCGCUAACAAGGGCCAGAACGGACUGGGAGCACCCAUCACCGGACCCGGCACCGCUGGACCGUACACCCGUGAACCCGGUAUGCUCGGCUACAACGAGAUCUGCGUGUCCCUGAAGCAGGGUGGCUGGACCGUCGUCCGUAACGAGGAGCAGCGUGUACCGUACGCUUACAAGGACAACCAGUGGGUCGGCUACGACGACGAAACCUCUAUCAGCGAGAAGGUCAGCUACGCCAAUUCCCUAAAUCUUGGCGGAGUGAUGCUCUGGAGUAUCGAGACUGACGACUUCCACGGACUCUGCGGCGAGAAAUAUCCUCUGCUGAAAGCGAUCAACAAGGGACUGAAACGAACGGUCCCGUCAGAGCCGCCGAAGAAGGACGAAAAGCCAAAGGAAAAGCCGAACGAACCGGUGCAACCGGACCCGGAACCCCCAGUGGCCCCUCCGAGUGGAGUCUGCACGAAGGAGGGAUACGUUCGUGACCCGAAUGAUUGCAGCGUGUUCUACUACUGCCAGAAUGUCAAUGGCGUUUAUCAACCAGCGAGAUUCCAGUGCGCGACCGGACUAGCCUUCGAUCCCAAAAUCAAUGCUUGCAACUUUCCGGCACAGGUUCCCGGAUGUUAAUUAAUGAUGAUGGACGAAUGAAAGAGUGACGAGUAAAAACGGUACCAUCUACAUGCAGCAACACUUUUACCAGAUUUUAUCGAUAUAUAUACUAUGUGGUAUAUAAAAAAAAACAUGUUCGUACUCUGUAAUAUAUAAAAAAAAAAAAAAACAGUUUCUCGCAAUCUGUAUUAGUUAUCUGAUGAACAUUAAACUCGUUUCCGUAUU